AUGUCGUCGCAACAGUCGCCGCAACAGUUAGCGAUGGCUAUGUUCUACUCCUGUGGCCUGGAGAAAUCUGCCGCUGUGGAGGCAGCUGGAGAUGUUACGUCGGAAGAGUUGCGAAGCCCGCCGUGGGCUCUUUAUCAUUACUGGAUGCGUCAGAAUCCCGCCUACUGGGGGGUCGGAGACAGAGCAGACCUCAACACUGCCCUUCAUGAGCUGAAGUUCCGGCCCGAGAUUAUCGCUCUCAAUGACUUCGGAGAGUCUGUCCUUGGUCAUAUGGAUGCUCGUCUGUGGGCUCGUCGCUUGGCGGCGUCCGUGUAUUCCAAACAGAAUAAAUCAUGA